AAACGCUACUAGUUGCUGUGUGGAUGGCUACCAUUCUCUAAGGAUGUUAUUACUAACCAUGACCGUACUUUUUCUCACCACUCAAGAUUUAUUGUGCCUAAAGUUGAGGGAAAUUAAAGUUCCAGCUGUAGUAAUUCGAGGAGAACCCGUCUGGCUCAACUGCACAUACGAUCUUGGCAAUGAGACGCUGUACUCUAUCAAGUGGCACAAAAACAAUGUCGAAUUCUACAGAUACCUACCGGAAGACAGACCACCCGGACAGAAAUAUGAAUUGGCAGGUAUACACCUUGACCUAAGUAAGACGGAUCGGGGGAACAUCUUCAUGCCAUAUACAGAUGUGGAUUCUGAAGGUAUUUACAGGUGUGAGGUAUCCACCGAAGCUCCAAAUUUUCAGACUGUGAAGGCAGAGAGAGAAAUGAGGAUAUACGUGAAUCCGAGUUCAAAGCCUGUUAUACUGGGAACCAAGCCUUACUAUGCGCCUGGAGAUAUAGUUAAUGUGACCUGCGUCUCUGCCCCUUCCAGGCCAGCUGCCAUCUUGAAAUGGUGGAUCAAUGGAGAAGAAGCUCGAACGAAACGGAUGCCCUCCAUAGAAUCCCCGGACGGUCUCUUCAUCUCCAAACUCCGGCUGAAGUUCGAGGCCCGUCAGAGCCACUUCUGGGAUGGCAAGAUGAAGCUGCAAUGCGAGGCCAUCAUUUCUCAGGCCCACACCCUCAGGAGCGAAGAGAUAAUAAUCACCAGCAAUGGGGCAACCACUGCAACCGGAGCUUAUGAUCAACAAAAAGAUGGACCUACAAUAGAUGGUGGAAAACAUGUAUAUAGCGUAGGAGACUUAGUAGAUAUAAACUGUACGGCGGCCAAAUCUCAACCACCUGCCGAGUUGCACUGGUACAUAAAUGACAAAGAGGUCCGAUCCGAGUACCUGGUUCCUAGGAAACCCAUCGUGUACCAGAAUGGCGAGGAAUCUCCGGUUCUCGGAUUGCGGUUCGUCGUGAAACAGCGGCACUUCCAGAAGCAGGAGAUGAGGCUUCGAUGCACGGCAACGCUGUCUGAAGUGAAGAGAAUGACCAGCGAACCCCUGGAGGCUAUUCUGUCCGAGCAACAAAAGUCGGAUCUCCACGUGGACCUUAACAUAAGCUCAGUUUCUAGCAGAAGCAUAUGGAGUCCUUUGGUUCUCCAUCCACUAUGCUGUCUUUUUAUAUUUCUGGUAUCCAGAAAUUUCUUUUAAAUGCAGACCUUCAAGUGGUGAGAAAAUUUAUGAAAGAAGAACAACGUAUGAUGAAUCCCAGGGUCUUUCAAAAGACGUCCCAACAGUUCGUGUUCCAAGUGCGAAAUUCAUUCUUGGCUCAUCCGAUUGUUCGAACAUGUUUCAGAACAGCUACAUCUGCUGACCAAAAAAAAACCUGGCAAAAUGACCUCAUCAUAUAAUGUGACAACAAAUUAACAUGGAAUUCUGUCUUCAUUAAUAAAUAUUUUAUUGAAUUUCAAAAUGUAUGGGCUAAGCUCCUGAACAGAAAAUAGAGCAAUGAUUGUACUGUGCUGCCAUCUAUUGUAAAGAGAAAGAAAUACUCGUCAAUCGAGUAAAGGA